GUCAUGACGUGCAGUGUGCGCCGGAAGUGGCAGAGUGAUACAGCGCUUUGCCGGGAGCAGUUCACCGGGAUACCGUAAAAGAGAGGAGACGAGACACCGGGCACGAUGAUCACCUCUGCGGCUGGUAUUCUGUCCCUUCUCGAUGAAGAGGAGCCUCAGUUGAAGGAAUUUGCCCUACAGAAAUUGAAUGCAGUCGUCAAUGAUUUCUGGGCAGAGAUAUCGGAGUCUGUGGAUAAAAUUGAAGUGCUAUAUGAAGAUGAGACCUUUAGAAGCAGGCAGUUUGCUGCCCUUGUGGCCUCCAAAGUGUUUUACCACCUCGGGGCUUUUGAAGAGUCCCUGAACUACGCCCUGGGCGCCGGAGAUCUGUUUAAUGUCAAUGACAAUUCUGAAUACGUGGAGACUAUUAUAGCCAAAUGUAUAGACCAUUACACCAAGCAGUGUGUAGAAAAUGCUGAGCUCCCAGAGGGUGAGAAGAAGCCGGUGGAUGAGCGCUUAGAAGGGAUCGUGAACAAGAUGUUCCAGCGCUGCCUGGAUGACCACAAAUAUAAGCAGGCAAUAGGGAUUGCUCUAGAGACUCGACGGUUGGAUGUUUUCCAGAAAACCAUUUUAGAAUCGAAUGAUGUCCCUGGAAUGUUGGCCUACAGUUUGAAGGUCUGCAUGUCUCUAAUGCAAAACAAGCAGUUCAGGAAUAAAGUUCUUCGAGUCUUGGUCAAAAUCUAUAUGAACUUGGAAAAACCAGACUUCAUCAAUGUGUGCCAGUGCCUCAUCUUCCUGGAUGAUCCUCAAGCUGUUAGUGACAUUUUAGAGAAGUUGGUGAAGGAGGAAAACUUGCUCAUGGCGUAUCAGAUAUGCUUUGACUUGUAUGAGAGUGCCAGCCAACAGUUCCUGUCCUCUGUCAUUCAAAAUCUCCGGACUGUCGGAGCCCCCAUUCCAUCAGUACCAGGGUCAACAAACACCGGCACAGUACCAGGGACUGCAAAAGACAGCGAAGCAAUGGAAACUGAGGAGAAACCCACAAGCACAACUGGCAGCAAAUCCACAGACUCGAGUCCAGAACCGAAAGAUCAGAUUUCCAAAAUGAUAAAAAUCCUAAGUGGGGAGAUGGCCAUAGAGCUGCACUUACAAUUUUUGAUCCGGAAUAACAAUACAGACUUGAUGAUCCUAAAGAACACUAAGGAUGCAGUGAGGAAUUCUGUGUGUCAUACGGCUACGGUAAUAGCAAACUCUUUUAUGCACUGUGGCACCACCAGUGACCAGUUCCUCAGAGAUAAUUUAGAGUGGCUGGCAAGAGCUACAAAUUGGGCAAAGUUCACUGCGACAGCUAGUCUAGGAGUCAUUCACAAGGGUCAUGAGAAAGAGGCCUUGCAGCUUAUGGCUACUUAUUUGCCUAAAGACACUUCCCCUGGCUCUGCAUACCAGGAAGGAGGAGGCCUGUAUGCGUUGGGACUUAUUCAUGCCAACCAUGGUGGUGAUAUAAUAGACUACCUACUCAACCAGCUGAAGAAUGCCAGCAAUGAUAUUGUGCGUCAUGGUGGAUGCCUAGGUUUAGGUUUGGCUGCAAUGGGAACAGCACGUCAAGAUGUUUAUGAUCUCCUCAAAACCAAUCUCUACCAGGAUGAUGCUGUGACAGGGGAGGCUGCAGGCCUGGCACUUGGCUUGGUUAUGCUUGGAUCUAAAAACGCCCAAGCCAUAGAAGACAUGGUUGGAUAUGCCCAAGAGACACAGCAUGAGAAGAUCUUACGAGGGUUAGCAGUUGGCAUUGCCUUGGUCAUGUACGGCCGUAUGGAAGAGGCAGAUGCUCUAAUUGAGAGCCUUUGCAGAGACAAGGACCCAAUCCUGCGUCGUUCUGGCAUGUACACUGUUGCCAUGGCUUAUUGCGGAUCAGGAAACAACAAGGCCAUUCGUCGCCUGCUCCAUGUUGCGGUGAGCGAUGUGAACGAUGAUGUGAGAAGGGCCGCCGUGGAGUCGCUUGGCUUCAUCCUGUUCAGAACACCAGAGCAAUGCCCAAGUGUAGUGUCCCUCCUGUCGGAGAGCUACAAUCCUCACGUGCGGUAUGGAGCUGCCAUGGCGCUUGGUAUCUGCUGUUCUGGCACUGGAAACAAGGAAGCUAUUAACCUCCUGGAACCCAUGACCAAUGACCCCGUGAAUUAUGUGCGUCAAGGUGCACUCAUCUCCUCUGCCCUCAUCAUGAUCCAGCAGACAGAGGUCACUUGUCCAAAAGUCAAUCAGUUCCGGCAACUGUAUUCCAAGGUGAUCAAUGACAAGCAUGAUGAUGUGAUGGCAAAGUUUGGCGCCAUACUGGCACAGGGAAUCCUUGAUGCAGGCGGACACAAUGUGACCAUCUCUCUGCAGUCUCGCACCGGUCACACUCACAUGCCUUCCGUGGUCGGAGUGUUAGUUUUCACUCAGUUCUGGUUCUGGUUCCCACUGUCGCAUUUCUUAUCUUUAUCUUUUACUCCGACCUGUGUGAUUGGUCUUAAUAAGGAUCUGAAGAUGCCAAAAGUUCAGUAUCGAUCAAAUUGCAAACCUUCAACAUUUGCAUACCCUGCUCCACUAGAAGUGCCCAAGGAGAAGGAAAAAGAGAAGGUCUCCACUGCUGUCUUAUCCAUUACAGCCAAGGCAAAGAAGAAGGAAAAAGAGAAGGAGAAGAAAGAGGAGGAAAAAAUGGAAGUGGAUGAGACAGAAAAAAAGGAAGAGAAAAAGAAGGAACCAGAACCAAACUUCCAGCUCCUUGAGAACCCAGCUCGGGUGAUGCCUGCCCAACUCAAAGUACUUACCAUGCCAGAGGGCUCCAGAUAUCAACCUUUUAAACCUCUCUCAAUUGGUGGCAUCAUAAUUCUCAGGGAUACUAGUGAGGAAGAAGAACAGCUAGUGGAACCUGUUGCUGCGCAUGGUCCGAAAAUUGAGGAAGAGGAGCAAGAGCCAGAACCCCCAGAGCCAUUUGAAUAUAUUGACGACUAAAUGUGUUUGCUUUAAUUUAAUGUCUGAUAUCAGGAUGAAUGCCGGAAGCUGCAGCAUCAUGAAGGCUGCAUGAUAAAUGUCUGCACCCCUUUCCUGUGCAGGAUCCCUGGACUCCAUGUUACUGAUCACUGGUCUCUUUUCAAAUAAAAAUUAGAAAAAAGAAGUAAAA